AUGAAUUAAGACUAAGAUGAGAAACUCUUCAUCGACACCGUUUAAACAUAAUAACUUGAAAUUGAGGGUUUGAAAAAGUAGAUUCGACUUCAAGAAUUCCAAUCCAAAUAACAACAUCUAGAAUUAAUCAAUUCCCUCGAUCAAUUGAAGAAGCGGAAUGAGGAAUUGGAUCUAGAAUUGAACAAACAGAUUGAAUCCACUCACGAAACAGAAUUACAGCAUUUUGCUCUAUAGAUGCAAGAAUAAUUGGCUAAGGCUGAAGAAUAAAUACUCAUCUAUCAAGAGAAUGAGCUCAAAUUGAUCAAAGAAAUCUAGUAACUCCAAGGCAAGUUGGAAUCCGAUAAGAUUAACGAUUUGAAACAACAAUUGGUUAAAAUGGAAGAAACUGCCAUCGCCCUGAUUGUUGAGAAAGAGUUUAUCAUCUCAGAAUAAGCCAAAGAAAUAGAGUUGUUGAGAUAAAACGAAAAAUUAAAUCAUUCUUAAACUGAGAACAGCACUCAAAUUCAAAUUUUCGAUAUUCAAGACUUGGAAAACAAACUCUAAGAUUAUCAAUAUAAAUUAGAACAUCAAUAAUCACUUCAUGAAGAGCAACUCUCAAAUCUAGAAAGAAUUAUCACCACUCGUAUAUUUGAAUCAUUAGAAAUUGAAAUGAAUUAGAAGAAACUAGUCGAGCAGGAUCUGUUGCAUCAAAUACAUAUUCUUGAAGAAAAGAACAAGUAUUACGAGAGACUAUUGAAUGAUUAAGAAAAAAAACUCAACAUUUUGAGAGACGAAAAAAGCCAAGAACAAAUACUCUAUGACAAAAAGUUCCAAGAGAUUAGUGAACGAUUGAGAUAUGCUCUAUAAUAAGUUAUCAAAAGUGAUAAGAAAUGCGAAGAUGCGUAUAAGCAAUUCUCACAAUUACAAAGAGAAAAACAGAAUAUGACAAAACAGAAGGAGGAGCUAAUACGAAAACAAGUGUUUCUGGAAAAUCAAAACAGGAAGCAUACAUUGGCAAUUUAAGAAUAUAAGGAAUUGGCUGAAACUCUUUAAUAACAGAUCAAUGAAUAAGAUUAAGUUAUCUAAGAACAAAACGAACAGCUCUAAAAGUUAGCUGUCCAUUAUGAACAACAACUUAAAAUUGCUAUUCAAUCCCAUACACAGAAGUUUGAUUUCAGCGAUCUUGAAAUGCCAUCCAAUUCAAAUGCAUUAUUAAGUGAUCUCCUCAAGGAUAGUCAAAUUAGUUAAAAUCAUCAAAAUUCUCACAUCGAUUCACCAACUCAUUCUUUAACUCAUACUUCUCACCUUUCGGAUUCCUAUUGUUCUUUUUAAACCAAAAACAGUUCUAGAAGAAGAGUUGGAAAUGAUUGUAAAUAUGAUAGCAUUAAAGAUGCAUUACUUGAUGCCAAACAUACAAUUAAAAUCUAAAAUUUAGAGAUUUCCAAUUAUGAGCAAACCAUUGAGAUUUUGUAGAAAGAAUUGAAAACUCAAUUAUUAGAAAUCCAUAAUCUUAGAAAAAUCAAAUUAGAUUUUAAAUAAGACAAAGAGCAUAAAUUAGAAAUAGAGAAAUUAAAAUUGUGUUUGAAUACAAUGGAAACGCAUUAUCUAACUACAAAAUUGUGUUUGGCUGAGGAAAUUAACUUUUUAAAAGAUGAGUUAAAGAGAGCAGAAUCAGAGGCUUCAAAAUCUAAAUUGUAAUUAGCUUAAUUAAAUGCUCAAUUUUGCAUUAUUCAAUAAAAAUAUUAGAAUUUAGAUCGAUAACAAUCACAAUCACAAUAUCAAAGCCUCACAAACAGACAACCAUAAAAUAUAGAUGAGAAAAGUCCUGUUAAGGGAAGGAAGAGUAUCUUUUCCAUCUUUGGUUGA